AUGGUGAAGCAAGCAUCUCUGGGUCGAAUUAUUCAGGAUGAUGAGGAUGAUAACAAAGUAUUCUCCACAUUCCGGCGGCAAGAAGGCUUGAACUUCAUAGUGUGUCCACUGACCAACGAGAAGUGGCGUAAGGAUGUCACCACGUGCAUUGGAGAAAAACGCGAACCCCCUGUACUCGAUAGAGACCACGUGCGUGUCAUAGAUGUGCAGAAUAACCAUCACACUGUUGGCAUGGUAUCGCCUUUCUUGGCCCUGCACUCCAAGUCUCAGUUUGUACGGGAGAGCUUCCAGCAUGUAUUCAACGCCGCUCCCACGGACACACCGAUCGACGACGACAUAGAAGACUUUGAAGCGGCUGAGCGUCCCUGGCGCAUGUGGAACCAAUUCAGGUCCUUGUGUGACCACUCGAAUAAGCUUAACGUUUGCUUAGAGCUCACAGAAGACCUGCCCUGUACAGGCGAUGCGUUGGACCGGUGGAUGGGUGAGCCGGUCAAGGCGGUGGCUUUGGACACAAAGCUGUUUAUGACCGAUAAAGAGGGCAAUCCGGUCCUGUCUAAGGCGCACGAGAAUGUUCUGCGGAGAUUUAUCAGCUUUGACGCGCAGAUUCUGUUGACCGGACAAGUGCAGCAUAGCGAUGGUGUAGAGCCGUAUGUACACUACCUACAGAUGCUCAAUGAACGGACCCGGACCAGCCCUGACUUUGCCGAAUACGAGGUGUGGGGUAAUGGCUACGAAGACUAUCUACAGGCACCCUUGCAGCCACUGAUGAACAAUCUGGAAUCAGGCGUCUACGCUGUAUUUGAGCAGGAUCCUGUCAAGUAUCGCGAGUAUCAGGAGGCAGUGUUCCGCGCACUGUGCGACCGCGUGCCCGCUGAGAAGAAGGACGAGGUCACAACCGUGAUAAUGGUGGUGGGUGCCGGACGAGGGCCGCUCGUGCGCAUGUGCCUUAAAGCCAGCGAGCGAGCCAACCGCAAAGUAAAGAUGUAUGCAGUGGAGAAGAACCCCAACGCCAUCAUCACGCUGCAAGGAUGGAAGGCGGAUACAUGGGGCGAUAAAGUGACGCUGCACGCAGGGGACAUGCGUGACUUUAAGCCCAACGAGAAGUGUGACAUCCUGGUGAGUGAACUUCUGGGAUCGUUUGGGGAUAACGAGCUGUCGCCAGAGUGUCUGGAUGGUGCUCAACGGUAUCUGAAAGAUGACAUGCCGUACGUCGUGCUGAUGCACAAUCACACACGCAUUGCGCCUUCACUGCCGCUCUUCACGUUCGAUCAUCCGAAUACAGCCGAAGCAAUUGACAAUCGGCGCUACGGGUCUCUGACAUUCUCCGCCGAGGGCGACCACCAAAUGCACGGGAUUGGUGGCUACUUCGAGACGACGCUGUACAAGGACGUCACCUUAAGUAUCAACCCCCAGACACACUCACCCGGCAUGUUCAGCUGGUUCCCUAUAUACUUCCCCCUCCCCAAACCCAUCGAUGUGCGCGCAGGCGACAGCAUAACUAUGCACUUCUGGCGCUGUGUGGACGCUAAGAAGGUGUGGUACGAGUGGUGCGUGUCGUCGCCAUCGUGCACGCCCAUCCAGAAUGUCGCCGCUAGGACAUAUCACAUAGGUUUAUAG